CUCGAGCGGCGGUGGCAGCGGCGGCAGCAACCACCCACCGACGGCGGGCUCCAGCAGUAGCACCAACAGCAGCAGCAGCAGCAACAACAACAACAACAACAAUGGCAGCAGACGGCAAGCAGGAGCAGCCGCAGGCGGGGCAGCGGCAUCGCUGAACAACGAUGAAGACGAGGACGACGAGGACGACACAGACAACCGCCUCUUCAACCAGCGACCAAGAACCGAGAUGGGCGACUUUUUGUCGAGCCGCGACGAUUGGGGCCGGAUGGGUGGCCGCGGCGGAUAUGUGACGCGCAACCCGGACUGGGACGGCAAUAAGGACGGCGAUGAUGAGGAUUCGGACGAUCACGGAGAUCAGGACGAAGAGGCAGGCGGGGACGAGUCGUCAAGAUUGCUGCUCAACGGCGGCGGCGACGGCGAUCUGAGAAACUUCCAAUCGGCAAAUAUGGCCAACAGCGUACGAAAGCUGCGAUCGAGCAAGGUCACGUCCAUCUCGACCAAGUUUGAGAGUCUGGACUACGACAUCCUAGAAAACGACAUUUACGUGAAGGAUCAAGCCAAGAUUGAUCGCAAGCACUACGUUCGACUCGAAGCCGCGCGAUGGCUCGUCAUGUUCUUUGUCGGAGUGCUCACAGCCGUGGUGGCCUUCCUGAUUGAUUACUGCUUGACACAAAUCUCCAGCGUCAAGUUUGGCUGGAUUUCAGACUCCAUCACCCGCUGCGUGGAUGACGAGUGUCUCGACCAAUCGGUGCUAUUGUGGAUGGGCAUUGACAUUUUCCUCGUCUCGAUCGCCUGCUUGCUUGUCCUGUUUGUCGAGCCGAUUGCCCAGGGCUCUGGUAUUCCUGAAAUCAAGUGCUACCUGAACGGCAUCAAAAUCCCGCAUGUCGUGCGCUUCAAGGCCCUCCUCACCAAGACGGUGGGUGUCUUGUUCUCGGUCAGUGGCGGGCUGGCGUGCGGCAAGGAGGGUCCCAUGAUUCACACGGGCUCGGUCAUUGCAGCAGGCAUCUCCCAAGGCAAGUCGACUACGUUCAACAUCGACCUCAACCUGUUCAAGGCCUUCCGCACCGACCACGAAAAGCGCGACUUUGUCAGUGGUGGUGCUGCGGCCGGUGUUUCGGCCGCGUUCGGCGCGCCGAUUGGCGGCGUCUUGUUCAGCCUGGAAGAAGGCGCCAGCUUUUGGAACCAAGCCCUCACUUGGCGCAUCUUUUUCUGCUCCAUGAUUGCCUCCUUCACCCUGAACGUGCUCCUUUCUGGUACAAAAGGCACGUCGUGGGGCGCCAUGUCCAGCCCUGGUCUCGUCAACUUUGGCGCAUUCGCUUCUGCCAACUACAACCUCUUUGAGCUGCCCAUCUUUAUCGCAAUGGGUGCGGUCGCGGGUCUCUUUGGUGCGCUCUUCAACGCGCUCAACCACCGUUUGACCGUCUUCCGCUUCAAGUAUAUUUACCAUUCGAAGGCGCUCCGCUUUUUGGAGGUCAUUCUCGUCGCCGCGGCGACAGUCAUUGUCUCGUUCACCCUGAUUUACUUUGACGACAACUGCCUGCCGCUCGGUGAAAAGCCUGGUGAAAACCCACUCGAGUUCUUCUGCCAGGAGCACACGUACAAUGAAAUUGCGACAAUGCUCUUCAACACUCCCGAAGAAUCCAUCAAAAAUCUCUUCCAUGCCACUCGCGGUGACUACAGCCCCGAGACGCUCUCGAUCUUCUUCCUCGUCAUGUUCUGCCUGUCGUGCUGGACGUACGGCAUUUCCGUCCCGGCUGGCGUCUUUGUGCCCGCCUUGCUCACGGGUGCCGCGUACGGCCGCUUGGUCGGCAACUUGCUCUACCACGCCUUCCCGGACGCCGACUGGGUUGAUCCCGGCAAGUACGCGCUCAUUGGAGCGGCGUCCAUGCUCGGAGGCAUCGUUCGCAUGACCAUCUCCCUCACAGUCAUUGUGGUCGAAGGCACGGGCAACAUUUCCUACGGCUUGCCUCUGAUGCUGUCCAUCAUGGCGGCCAAGCUGGUGGGCGAUCUUUUCAACGAGGGCAUCUACGACCUGCACAUUCACCUGCGCCGCGUGCCCAUUCUUCACUGGGAGGCGCCGCUGCCCAUGCAGCACUUCCACGCGUCGCACGUCAUGAGCUCCAACGUGGUCUGCAUCCAAGAGUUUGACCGUGUUGGGCGCAUUGUCGAGCUCCUGCGCACCACCACGCACAACGCCUUUCCCGUCGUCACGGACGAUGGUAUUCAACGCUGGCGCCAGCAGCUCCAGCAGCGUGGUGGUGCGGCAGGCGGUCUCCCCUUGGGCGCAUCCACCAUGACUUCGGGCUCGGCCGGUACGGCUGGCGGCAGCAGUGGCGUGCCCCGGCCCUCUGCCUCGUCCCGAAUGCCCAACAUCAACCUCAACGCGUCCGUCAUGAACUUUAACAUGAGCACGGCCGGCCACAUGAUGGGCAUUGACAUUGUGCGUGCUCCCGCUGGCGGGCAGCUGAGCACGCUUGGAACGAGCUACGGCAGCACGUCGAGCGGCAACACUGGCGCGUCAGGAAACGACUGGGGCGCCUUCCCUCCGGAGAGCCAAUACCAUGUCAAUGGAGCAGCGCCGACCACGGCUGGGUCCACUCCCAACACAGCCUCCCCAUCCGCAGUCCCGCUGCCGCCCUUCCUCAACCUGAAUGUCCGAGGCCCUUACACGGGCGACUCUGCUUCGUUGCAGCAUGCUCCUCUUGUGAACGAGCACAGCUACGGCACGCUCUGCGGGAUUAUUCUGCGCUCGCAACUCAUCACCAUUCUUAAGGAGCGCGCAUUUGGUCCUCGUGUCGUGAAUGCGCAAGGGGAGCAUUCGGUGCAGGCCAAAGUUCUCACCGUGGACGAUUUCCGAGCGUCCUACCCGCGCUACCCAUCCAUCGACACAAUCAGCACCACUGCGUACGAGAAUGAGCAGUUUAUGGACUUGCGCCCGUACCUCAACCCCACUCCGUACACGCUCAAGCACGCAGCCCCGCUGUCGCGCGUUUACCGCAUCUUCCGUGGUCUCGGUCUUCGUCACCUCAUCAUCACCGACCGCUUCAAUCAAGUCGUCGGCAUGAUUACUCGCAAAGACCUGACGCGAUUUGAGAUUGUGCCCAACCCUCGCAGCGGUGAUGGGACGCGAUGGAUUUUGCAAGAGCGUCAAAUGAUUGAUGACUAGUCGUCGUCGUCGUCGUCGUCGUUUGAAGAGGCAAAUGUGUUGAUUAGUUAUUUUGUGUUUAUUCUUUUCAAAAUUCUGUGUGACGUGUUUUCUUCGGUCGGUUGGUGGUUUCUUUCGUGUUUGUGUUUGUAUGUACUGUAGAAAAAGUAUACACCAUUGAUUCGAU